AUGGCGGAAACUACCACCGAAGUGCCAUCGACGGUCGCAAAUGCUACGGUCUUCACAUUUGAAGAGCAGGCGACCAGCUCUCUUGCACUCUAUGGAAUGUCGAUUUUCUGUAUCAUUAUUGGAUCUAUUCGCUCUACCCAAUAUAUCAGGAGACAGAUUGAGAAAAAACGUCUAAUUGAAGGCUCCAUCACAAUGAGAGAAGCAAAAAAAUUCCCGAUCUCCGCAUCAUGUGUUCUCUUCGGAUUGUAUCUUUUCUUCAAGCCAGCUAAUGAACGUUUCAACUGGGUGGCAUCUGUGGCUCAAAAGUUGAGGGUACCUGAAGAAUACGUCCAAAAAAUUAAUGCUACGAUUAUCAACUACACUGCUGUCCCGGAAACAUCAACAGAUCCUGCCGAAUCACUUCUGAUUAGAUUAGCGUCAAAGGUCCCACAUCAAUAUGUUCCUGAAGCUAUUCAUGCCGGUGCUGUUUGGGCCUAUGGACAACUUCCGACCCUUGGAAAAAAUGAAUGCAUGCUUCUCUUGACGUUCCUGAUUUGCUUCGAAGGAGCCAGUUCCUUUGCUUCUCUAAUCAAACCUUUGGUCUCCGCCAUUGUCAAGAGACUACCUCUGAUUGGAUUCAACGCUCCUUAUUUGCUUUCUCUGAAAAAGGGCAAAAAAGAAAUGGAAGAAGGAGAUAUCGAAGAAGCCAAGAGCAAAGAUACGGAGUACUUGUGCAAGUUUGAGUUCGAUCGUCAUGAUAUCAUCUCAUUGCUUCUUUGCUCUCCAGUUCUCAUUUCUCACUUGUACAAGCGUCAUUGGAUCACCAACAACAUCAUUGGUGUGAGCUUCUCUAUUGUCGGUAUCCAACACCUUCAUCUGUCAAGUUUCAAGGCUGGUUCCUUGCUUCUUUGUGGUCUCUUUCUCUACGACAUCUUCUGGGUCUUCGGAACAGAUGUGAUGACCUCAGUCGCUAAAGGAAUCGAUGCUCCGAUUCUGCUCCAGUUUCCUCAAGACAUCUACCGUAACGGACCAUGGGAGGCUAACAAAUAUAGCAUGCUCGGACUCGGAGAUAUUGUUAUCCCAGGAAUUUUCAUUGCUUUACUUCGUCGAUUCGAUUAUCGCGUUGUCCAAAGUACUGCCGAAGCGAAGGCUCCACAGGCUUCUCUUAAAGGACGUUACUACUUCUCUGUGACCGUUAUCGCUUACAUGGCUGGGCUUUUCAUCACCAUGGCCGUUAUGCAUCGCUUCAAGGCCGCACAACCGGCUCUCCUGUAUCUUGUACCAUGCUGCCUCUUCGUUCCGCUUCUUUUGGCUGCCAUCCGCGGAGAAGUUUCAGCUCUCUGGAAUUAUGACGAAGGAAAACAUGUCGAUAAUGAAGAAAACAGAAAGCGAGUGGAUUCAGGAAAGAAGAAUAACUGA